AUGGAGAAUGUGGAUAAUGACGAGGAAGUGGAUAGUGACAAGAAAGUGGAGAGCGCGGAAAGUGGCGAGAUAGUGGAGAGUGUGGAGGCGUCGAAGAAUGUGGAGAGUGGUCAUAGUGUGGAGGAGUCAGAGUGUGGUGAGAAAAGGGAUCGUGAAGUGGAGAAGCAAGCGUCGAAGAGUAAAGUGGAGAGUGUGAAGAGUGCCGAGAAUGUGGAGAACACGGACACUGUCGAGAGUGUGGGGAGUACAGAGUACCUGGAGGGCGUGGAUACAAUGGCUAACAGCGAAGGAUAUUUCGAUGGGUACAAGCCACGCAAGCGAGCUAGCCAGCAUAUCGCUGAGCAUGAUACUAUGGCAGUGCAGCAAGAAAAAAUUGUGAAUAUCGUCGCCCCAUUUCCCAAAGUACCGAUCAAGUCGUGGACCGAGUUUGACACGAUACUCGCAUCCUUUACAAAAAGCCAUAAUCCCCAUUCCCGUGUUCGCAGUUCGGAGGCAACAAACAACAGGUGGGUACAUUAA